AUGGCGCGCAUGAUCGUCCUCGCUGGCGCCCCGGAGACAGGGAGUCUUGAUUGGAGCGAGAAGUCGUUGUCACCUAGCACUCACCUUGAGGUGGUUUCACAGUCCACCGAUUCAACCACCGUCAACAAACCCUCCUGGAGACAGCUCAACACUGAGAAGCUCUCCAUGCGGCCAAUUCUGCCAAAGCUCGAUAUCGGUCGGCGUCCGCCAACUCAAUCUGAUACUCAAGCCACCGAGUUCUUCACACCUUCCGACUUUAUCGCUCAGGAAUCUCCUGGUAGUGAUGUCAGCGCCGAAGAGUCGCGCUCAAAUCCUUCUGGCACUUCAGUCGAGUCGUCGCCCGAAGCGCUAUCGGACUUUUACGACCAUUCCUUUGCCAUUCACGAAGCGAUACCUUCGACGGAACUGUCUCAGAUUUCCGAUGCACCACCACAGACGCCAUAUAUGAGUCCAGCCAAGACAUGGCGACUCCAUCAACUCCAGGCAUUAUUCGCACCCCAUCACAACGUCGCUUGA